AUAUGGCUGAAUUUUCUCACUCUCUGGGUGAAUCUCCUCCUCUCUGCAACAUCCUCUGAGGGGAAGGGUAAUUAGAUCGAUUGUAAGGAUUGUAAGGAAUAGAGUUGGACUGUUUUACAUGUGUUUGACAGAGAGAGGGAGGAAAGAGAGAGAGAGAGAGAGAGAGAGAGAGAGAGAUGGAGAGAACAGAGUUUGAACAUUAGAUCAUUACUCCUGUCUUGUCCUCCUCAUUUUCUCCCUAUGGUCUGAGUGUGGUCCAGUCAGCGAGACUGUGUGAUGGACCAGAACGAUUUGAAGACAGUUUGACUAGGAAAAACCUUUAAGCUCUCAACCAAUGGCCAGUGAAACUUCUGGGCAUGGUAGACAUGGGUAUGGACUUGAAGAACUGAAGCAUUGAAGAACCAAGGAACUGUUGGAUGAAUCUCCAUUGAUUUCUGCUGGUGGAUGACCCCAACUGGAACCACUGGCUAAAGAAUCAAGAGUUCUUGGUGACCUGCAAGGAUUCAACAGCUGUCAACGUGAUCUAAAUGUGGAUGAGAAGACUUUUAUGAGAACAUCCUUGACUUGUGGAGGAAGUGACUCGUAGAACAUACUUCAGAGCAACUGCUUUGAAAAAAUGCAUCCAGCGUCGAGUCUCAAAGUCAGUGAACAGGACGAGGAAUCUUUACAGCAGCUCAUGCCCAGAUCUGUGAGGGUUGGCUCAGUAGCCACAGCAGUAGGAGGAUCACUGUCUGAUCUUGGGGGUUUCCAAGGGCCCCAGAGACACCCCAAACUCCCCCGAGAGCUCAGCCUGGAGGAACAGCAGGAUCUGCGACGGAAGAUUAACAGCCGAGAGAGAAAAAGAAUGCAGGAUCUUAACUUGGCUAUGGACGCUCUGCGGGAAGUGAUGGUACCUUACUCGUCUUCCCCUUCUUCCUCACCUCCCGGAGCUGGAGGGGUUGGACCACAGCAUCCUUAUCUUCCUCACGGACCUCCUCCGAACGGCCGUCGCCUCUCCAAGAUCUCCACCUUGGUUUUGGCACGCAACUACAUUCUUCUGCUGGGAUCAUCUCUUCAAGAAAUGAGACGACUCCUGGGUGAGGUCAGUAUUGGGAUGGGCGUUGGUGGAACAGUGCCGCGAGUGCUCCUUGCUGGAGGGUGGCCAGUUCUCACAGGGCCAGGGCAGCUUCUGCUAACCCCUCCGGAGGUCCAGCCACUCGGUGCGGUAAAGUGUUCUCCAUUGCCAGUGAAUGACCCCUCAACCUUGGGGGAGUCAUGGAGUUCAGCAGGGGUGGUAGGAACCACGCUCUGCCCCUGCGGGGUGUGUAGGGCACCUAGAGUGAUGCACGGCCCACCCACAUCACGCUUUCAAAAAUAAGCCCUGGACUUCCAUAAGAGGACAUGCAUUUCUAAGACUUUUGAUACUCUUAGUUAUACUAGCUUCUCUUUGUUCGUUUGUUUGUUGGUUUGUUUUGUUUUGUUCACUUUUUGCUCUUUAUUUUGUGAUAGUGAUUUUAAGAUCUUCAUAGUCUAAAUUUGCAUAAAACUAUUAUUACAUAAUUUAUAUAUUCCAGUGGUUCUUGGGCCUGGUUUUGGAACAGUGCUACCCUUCACAUUUUAGCAAUUGAAAAACUGAUUUUAGGGCAAUUAACAAAUCAAACAUGUCUUGUCUUGUCGUGUCUUGUCUUGAUUAACUGAACUAGUUGUCUUAGAGCAAGGAACAAAUCAAAAUAGCCACUGGUAUAUGCAAUUGAAGAUUAAAGCAUUGCAUCAAAAUAUUAAUAGGAAACAAAAUAUGUAAAACAUAUUGUCAAGAUUGAACUAAGUGUUUUUUUGUUUCUGAAGUAUGUGAAAUAUCUCUAAAUAUAUCUAAAACCUAUGAAAGACCAAAAAGAUGUAUUUGACUGUUCAGCUUGACUGAAACAUACUUCAAGCUAGGAUGCAAACACAGACACAGACUGUGGUUUAUACAAGUACCUAAGUACCUCUGGUGUGCAUUAUUCCCACUGUCCAACAGUCAUGGCGGUAACACCAUCUAACUGGCUGUUUGCAGAUGCUAUUCUCUAUGCUUUGCACUCUAUGGUCCCUAUGAGUAGCCCCUGAGAGCAACAUAAGAGUUUACGUUAAUGUUUUGUACAGUAGGACCAUGCAUUUGCUGAGCAUUGGCUGGAUUUUUCUCUGGUAUUUGCACUUCUUGCAAUCUCUUCUUAAAGUGUGUUUUUAUUUUUUUUAUGUUUUGUAAACGCAAAAACAGGAACUUAUUUGUGUAACAAAUUAUCCUCAUCUGUCAAAGCAAAGUGAAAAUGAAUAAAGAUUUUUUUUAUGGUUUAUGAAUAAAUAUAUACAGUAAAUGUCUGUGCAUGUGCAGUAUGUGUGCUUCAAGAAACGCGGUGAAUAUUCACCUUGCCUCCAUCAACAGGCUAUCAGGCUAUUCCAUCCAAUGUUAUUCCCUUUUCUUUGUCGGUUUGCUCUUAUUUGAAUGUAUGCGUGGGUGUGUGCUUGUGCUCUCUUCAUCUAAGUGUAUGUGAGCCCUAGCAGACUGAAAUAAUUACUCCAGCCCUCUCCAUGCGCCGAGGAGGUGCAGCUUAUGGCAAUACUGCAACAGUCUCUCUCUUUCUCUCCCUCUCUCUCUCUCUCUCUUAGCCCGGGCCUUGCUUCUUCUUUAGCCCACCUCAAACUCUCCCAUUCAACAGGCAACAGCCCAAACAAACCCAGACAUCAAAACGCGUCUCUGUAAUUACUUCGCUCUGCUCUCCGGCCCUCCCUCCGUCCCCCAGCCCUCGCUCACAGAGGUAAAAGACCGUUUAUCCCCGGCCGGUGUGCCGCAUAUUCAUUACGCUCUGCUCACAAUACGUUCAAACGCCCAGAAAAUGUGUUCCCAUCAAAAGAGCUCGCCCUGCAAAAGUAGAAACGCCACCCCUUCACCUCCCCCCUUCGGCACCCAAAACUCUGACGUCCGUCACCCAUGGCGCUAAAGAGCAGGCCUCUUUUCAACCCAAAUAGAAAAGGAGGCAGCGGUGAAAGAGAGCAAAGGCAGUCCCUGCUUCAGGACUGG